AGCAACGGCGAGGUCCAGGUCAGAGAGCCAGUGGGCAGCCAGGCACGCAACCCGCUCAGGCCCUGCCCAGUCCCCGCCCCUUCCCUUCCCGAGCAGUGAUUGGCCGAGGCGGCCCCUCGUUGCUAUGACGGCAUCCCAGUGCUGCCACUGGCUCCACCUCGUCCCUUCCUUCCCGCCCCUCCGUAUUCCCGGGCGGUGAUUGGUCGAGGUGCCUUUCCCGUUGCUAUGACAGUAUGCAAAGGCUGCCAGUGGGUCCUCCCGCGCCGUCCGCGUCGCCUGUCUCGGCUCCCCAUCUUUCGGGCUGGGAGGGAGGCGGGGGCCGGCCGCGUCUCCAUGGCGACGCGGGACGCGGCGGUGGAGGCGGUUGUUACCCACCUGCUAGAGGCGCUGCGGCUGGGAUCCAGGCUGGUGGAAGACCAUGUCGGACCUGGGCUCGGAGGAGUUGGAGGAGGAGGGAGAGAAUGAUAUUGGGGGUAAAGGAUUAUCACAAUGAAUUGCAAGCUCUGUCCUCAUCUAGCCCAGGCGUGGUUACCUACCUCAACUGUAAGGUGGGAAAGGAAUAUGAGGGGGGUCGGAAUGAGGCAGGCGAAAGGCACGGACGUGGGAGGGCACGGCUACCCAACGGGGACACCUACGAAGGGAGCUACGAAUUCGGUAAAAGACAUGGCCAGGGGAUCUACAAAUUUAAAAAUGGUGCUCGAUAUAUCGGAGAAUAUGUUAGAAAUAAAAAGCACGGUCAAGGCACUUUUAUAUAUCCAGAUGGAUCCAGAUAUGAAGGAGAGUGGGCAAAUGACCUGAGGCAUGGCCAUGGCGUAUACUACUACAUCAAUAAUGACACCUACACCGGAGAGUGGUUUGCUCAUCAAAGGCAUGGGCAAGGCACCUAUUUAUACGCGGAGACGGGCAGUAAGUAUGUUGGCACCUGGGUGAACGGACAGCAGGAGGGCACGGCCGAGCUCAUUCACCUGAACCACAGGUACCAGGGCAAGUUCUUGAACAAAAAUCCUGUUGGCCCUGGAAAGUAUGUAUUUGAUGUUGGGUGUGAACAACAUGGUGAAUAUCGUUUAACAGAUAUGGAAAGAGGAGAAGAGGAAGAGGAGGAAGAAUUAGUAACUGUUGUUCCAAAAUGGAAAGCUACCAAAAUCACUGAAUUGGCCCUGUGGACACCAACUCUCCCCAAAGAGCCGACCUCUACGGAUGGACCUGGCCAAGAGGCUCCAGGAGCUGAGAGUGCAGGAGAACCCGGGGAGGAGGCCCAGGCUCUGCUGGAGGGCUUCGAGGGUGAGAUGGACAUGAGGCCUGGAGAUGAAGAUGCAGACGUCCUCCGGGAGGAGAGCCGGGAGUAUGACCAGGAGGAGUUCCGCUAUGACAUGGAUGAGGGAAACAUUAAUUCUGAAGAAGAAGAAACUAGACAGUCAGAGCUCCAGGACUAAGACGAAGUGAGCUGAGAGGAGAUCGUAUCAUAAGAAUGCUUCUGUCAUUAGCCUGGUGCGGUGCUGCGUGUAUCUAGUUCCAGCUACUUGAGAGACUGAGGCAGGAGGAUUGCUUGAGUCCGGAAAGUGGCAGUUGCAGUGAGCUGAGAUUGCGGCACUGCACUCCAGCCUGGGUGACAGAGCGAGACCCUGUCUCAAAAACAAACAAAAAAUGCUUCUGUCAGUUAACAAUCUUUAUUAGAGGGUUUUUAGUCUUUCUUUCUCAGCUGUGUGUUAAGUUCGUUGACAAUUGCAAAUAAACCUCUUUAUUAUCCUUUCUUUCUGAAA